UCUCGUUCCCUGUUUGUAAGCUAAAGAAGAAAACAAACAAAAGUUACAACGUACAGUCUUUGCAGAUUUUUCAUGUCAGACAAUUUCACUUGUCCCUUCGCCCCUUAGAUUAUUAUUGAAUGCCGACGGGUACAUGCACUUGGCCGCAUCUUCAACUCCUUCCCUCAUUUGUAGCUGCUAAACCUUCCUCAGGUUCUGCGUUGUGUAUUUUAUUCACUCACUCACUUUGGCUUUGGAGAUUUAUUAACUAGACGAGCUGAUCAGUCUGCCUUGACCUUGAGAGAAGUAGAGAGCUACCGACGAGCCGACGCAUGGAUAGCCUCUUACACUGCGACGAGGACUGGCUUUUUACCACUCCUACAACUACGCCUACGCCUACCAUCCCUCUCUCUCUGCACCGCGAAUUCAAUCUUGAGAGAGAGACCCCCGCCGGUUAUUCGUUCUACUUCUACACCACCACAGAGGACCACCACAAUGCUCUCCUUCUCUCUCUGGAGAAGGAGAUGACUUACAUGCCUGACCUCGGAUACUUGCAGCAUCUCAAGUCGUUGGACGUUGUGACUGCUCGCGUCAAUGCCAUCAAAUGGUUUAUCAAGUCUCAGCGCCGGUUGAAUCUCUCUUUGACCACAGUUUUUUAUGCCGUAAAUUACUUCGACCGCUUUGUUUCCAUGGAGUACUCCAAGAAAUGGAAAUAUUGGAUGAUUGAGCUACUGUCCAUUGCAUGUUUAUCCAUUGCCGCCAAGUUUACUGAGGUAUCCAUUCCUCCACUACACGACCUUCAGAUGGAGGAUCUGGACCAUUCUUUCCAAGAGAACACGAUCCAACGGAUGGAGCUGACGGUGCUAAAGGUGUUAGAUUGGCGCAUCAAUUGCGUAACGACCCACUCGUACGUGGAUUUACUAACGUGGCACCUAAAUUCCCUCCAACCUCUCCUUCACGAGGCCAUAACGUCUCGCCUAAAUGAGUUGCUUCUCGGCUCUCUUUCAGAUCCCAUAUUCCUCGAGUUCAGGCCAUGCAUUGUCACACUAUCAGCAUUAAAAUGCUGUUUGGAAGAAUUGCUUCCAUCAAAAGCUGAUGCCCAUAUCUCCAACAUUAGCAGUUUCGUCCCUCAAGUUCAGAGGGCCGAUAUAGAGAAGUGUCACAAGAUGAUGGAAGAGCGAGUGGCAGACCCAUCAUACAGUAGUACUUCUUCAAUGGCUUGUGGGUGUGGGCGCCACACCUACUGCCCUUCAAGCCCCACUACUGUAUUAACAAAGAAGCAGAUCGACACGAGCGAAUGCUACGUCCAUGAUCUCUGUAUCUUCAGGAUGUCCGGUUCGAAUAUCAAUUUCCAACGAAACGGAAAGAAACGAAAGAUAGAAGAUUAUGAUGACCCCAUUAGCAGCAGCCAGCAGUAGUAGGGACUCCAACCAUAUCACAGUUCGUGAUCCUUCACCCGAUUGUGUGCAAAUUUAGUUUCUGCGUUUUAAUAAAGCCCACCAAGCGAGUAACCUUACUAGCUCGAUCCAACCAAAACUCACAUUCCAUUAUUGAUUUUCUUCUGAUCACUGUCUAUAUUAAGUCCAUGAGGAUUUCAUUAGCUAGCACUGAUGGAUGGAUGGAUGGAUGGAUGGAUGGAUGGAUGGAAGGCAUAUUAUUUAAAACUCCAAAGGGGUUUUGUCAUCUAUGAUUUAUUUACUUA